AUGUCUGACCCGAAUGAGGUUCGCGGCACCGCAGGUGACAUCGCACGGGCUCUCGACGAUGCGGGAAUUCCAAAUAUACUUUGGGGAUACGCUGCGUUAGGUCUAGUCGGACAAGUCAAGGUGUCUAAUGACAUUGAUUUCGUCGUUCCAGACGAGCUGGUUCAGAAAGCCACAGACAUUCUCAUAGUUAAAGGCUAUGAGCUUUGCACCUCCAGAAAGUGUCCCUGGGGAGACGAGAGAAAACGAGCACGAGCACUAGCCGCUGCCCACUUCGAUAUCGUCCCCGACAAGAAGAAUCUCGGCCCAGUGCAGAUAUUCCCAAAAUCGCAUAUUCUCUGGUGGUUGAAGGAAAUUCCGGCUGGUGACCCAUCGCCAGACGAUGAAGAUUUACUACUAACGAAUGACCCCCGUUUACCCCCCAAGCUGAAGACUCGGUCAGCUUCAUCACCCAUAGAACGCGAUCUUUACGGAAAUUAUACGGAAGAGGUUGGGCCUUCCGGGCCAUGGGAGAAGAUUUACCCAAUGAAGAUUCUCAAGCCGGAAUCCUUCACCGAGGCUUUGAUUCUCCUCUACUGUCGAGACUACCAUAACCCGAAUAUUGGAGAUGGUCUCCAGCUCGGCUACGCUAAAUACUGGAAGAGGUUGUUGUUGCCUAUGGGUGAAGUCAAGGUUGAUCCCAAGGCCAUUGUUCCGAAGACGCUGCGCCCGGAGUUUCGUGAGGCCUGGGCGAAUUUCAAUUUAGUUGAGCAGCCUUAUUUUUGGGAGUUCUUUCAUGAUGAUCUUUGUGCCAAAUUGAAGAAGCAAAAUAAGCUUCCUUCGUUCCCUGGGAUCUUUAGGCUUUAUCAGUGA